AUGCUUAGAAGAUUUGUCAGUGUACCAAGAACCCUCCCUCUGCGUGCUACCAACGUUGCCGCUGUCAGAAGCCACCACAUUGUGGGUGUCCAUAGAGACACUAAAGUGAACAACCAGAAGACUCCAUUUACCUUUAGUGAUGAAAACAAGAAGGAGAUUGAGAAGAUACUCGCAAAGUAUCCGCCACAGUACAAGAAGGGUGCCAUCAUGCCUUUGCUUGACUUGGGCCAACACCAACACGGGUUCUGCUCCAUCGGUGUGAUGAACGAAGUUGCUAAGAUCUGUGAGGUUCCGCCAAUGCGUGUUUACGAAGUUGCAUCUUUCUACACAAUGUUCCAAAGAGAGCCAAUCGGCAAGUGCCACGUUGGUGUCUGUACUAACAUUGCUUGUAUGUUGCACGGUGCCGAGGAUGUUUUUGCCGCUGCGAAGGACUUUGUGAAGAACAACAACGCUGAUGGUUACUACUCCUUGGAGGAGGUUGAAUGCUCUGGUGCUUGCACCAACGCUCCUGUCGCUGAAGUCAACAACAUCUAUUUCGAAGACUUGACCAGCGAAGGCAUAGUGCAGGUGUUGAAAGAUUUCAAACAGGGCAAGGCCGUUCCAGGUCCGUACGCCGGGAAGAGAAAGUCUUGUGAACCUGAAGGUGAGAAGACAUCUCUGUUUGGAGAGAAGGCAUUCGACGUGAGAACAGUCACUAGAACAGACAUCUGA